AGACAGGGAAUUUUAGGUUAUUUUGCAUAAGCUGGUGGAUGUCAAACCAAAUAUUCUGUAAAACAAGAAAUAUCCGUUUUUAAAGAUAAAUUUCAAUUACAGAAGUAAGUCAUGUCGUUUCCUACGAAGGAAGAACGUAGUCGGUGUUGGGGAGCUAGAGACAAAUAUUGGGAGUGCUUGGAUGCAAAUGAGGGAGCAAAUAAAGACAAUGUCUGUAGAGAAUUUAGACAACUUUAUGAAAAAUCCUGUACAUCACAGUGGGUGAAACACUUUGAUCGGAAGAGGAAUUACUUGGUAUUUAAGGAAAAAAUCGAGAAAGACGGAAUUCCAACUAAAAGCCACAAUGACAAGUCUUUUAAUAAACCCAGAAGAAUAUAUCAUCAAAUAGUAUGUCUAUAACAGUGUAUAAGUUUCGAAAACGUUUUUGCUUGCAUACUAAUACAGCUGUG